AUGAAGUCCUUCAUUGCUGCCUCCAUCCUCGCCUUUGUCGCCGCCUCGGCUGCGGCGCCAUCCACCUCGACCUCGACCCUCCGCUUCGCCAAACGCACCAGCCCCAACGGCUGCGGCGGCGACCCGGGCCAACAAGGCGUGAUCAACGCCAUCAACCAGUGGAACUCGGACGUGCAGACGGUCAACAGCUUCCUGGAAGUGGCGCCGAGCCUUGACCCAGCCAGCCUCGACGAGCAGAUCGAAGGGGCCCUCACCGCGGCGCAGGACGAGCCGAACCAGCUCCAAGUCCUGGCGUGCGAGUCCGACGUGGACCCGGGCACCGCGGCGCAAGCUGCUGUUGACGAUCUGUUCAACGGGUUCGAGAACAACGUGCUCACCCCACUCGGCAACAUCCUCGCCAACUCCGGCGACGCCGGUGUCGUGGCCAGCAAUCUGCAGACCAUCAAUCAGUUCCGGUGCUGCAAUGUCCUGCCGGAUCUCGAUACCCUUUGGACCGCCACCGCCGUGGACGAGGGCGUCGCCAACGUUGUCCCUCUCUCGGCUCCAAGACCGAGCACUUGCGCCAGCAUCACCUGCUGA